AUGUCCCAGCAAUACCCAUCCCGCGGCAAGUCAAAACCGCGGUGUACCUCGGCCGGCCGCGUCACGGCCCAGAUGUUGCUGUCCUUUCUCGCCUUCUCCACGACCUCAUUAUCUGCCUCUGCCGGCGGCAGCGCCUCCGAGCAGCUCGUUCUGCCUUUACCGCCGGCCGGCCAUACACCUGUGCUCGCUCCUGAGCCUCCAGCGCCGGCUGAUCACGUAUUUCGUGAUGCCGACGUCUGGCUGGCCGCCGAGGACGGCUAUGCACGCCAUCGGCUGCCGACUCUGCAUGCAAAAAGUCAGGCCGCGCCGCUGCAGCGGCUCGUCGACCGGCACCCGAGCGUCGUCGAUCCCAUGGUGGCACUCGCCCGCGAGCAGGGCUACGUGACGGUGCUUUCCCCGGACGCGUGGACGGUGGACAGCGUGCCGAUGCCCAACGUCACAGACAAGACGACGGUGCUCAACAUGGCGUACAUGGCCUCGAACGCAUACGUCGAGACGCCCGGGCAGCCGGACUGGGACGACGUCGGGCAGCACUUCAACCGGUCGUCUGACUUUGGGUGGGAGGGCGAUGGGCUGCGCGGCCACGUGUUUGCGGACGCGACCAACUCGACGAUUGUGAUUGGCCUCAAGGGCACGUCGCUGGCCGUGUUCGACGGCGAGGGGACGACGACCAACGACAAGGAGAACGACAAUCUGUUCUUCAGCUGCUGCUGCGCGCAGCAGGGCCAGUGGACGUACCGGCAGGUCUGCAACUGUGCGACAGGCACCUACGCCUGCAACAACACGUGUGUCCGCAAGGCACUGCAGGAAGAGAACCGCUACUACAUGGCGGCGCGCGAGCUCUACGCCAACGUCUCGGCCGAGUACCCGGACGCCAACAUUUGGCUGACGGGGCACUCGCUCGGCGGCGCUGUGACGUCGUUUCUCGGCUUGACAUACGGCCUGCCCGUCGUCACGUUCCAGGCAGUGCCCGAGGCGCUGGCGGCCGGCCGCUUGGGCCUGCCGGUGCCUCCGGGCGCCGACCCCGACUUCCCGCAGACGCGCGAGCAUAUAGGGGCGUUCCACUUUGGGCACACGGCGGACCCGAUCUACAUUGGCACAUGCAACGGCGCGACCGCCUCGUGCUCGUACGCCGGGUACGCGCUGGAGUCGGCGUGCCACGCGGGCUAUGAGUGCGUGUACGACGUGGUGGCCGACAAGGGGUGGCGCGUGGGCGUUGGCACGCACAAGAUCCGCACUGUCAUCCACGAUAUCCUCCUGCCGUAUGACACGGUGCCUGAGUGCAAGUCGACGCCUGAGUGCCGCGACUGUGCCAACUGGAAGAUGUACGAGAGCAACGGCACGGAGAGCACGACGACGUCGACGAGCGCCACGUCGACCAAGACCAAGACCCGCACGCAGACGUGCAAGACGCCGGGCUGGUGGGGCUGUCUGGACGAGACGACGACGACGACGACGACGACGACGACGACAGGGAUCACCACGACGCGGGACGUGCCGACGACAUCAACGACCACGACGUCGGAGACACAGACCACAACCACGUGCGCAACGCCGGGGCGGUUCUGGGGUUGUCUCGACGAGACCGAGUCGGGAUCGACGUCGACGUCGACGUCGACGUCGAUGUCUACGUCCAUUUCGAGCAAGACGUCGCCCGUCUCCGCUGAUCCAUCCACGACAAAAACAUCGCCACGGAAGAGGCCGUCACCGACCGAGACAUCCAGUACCUGCUCGACCCCUGGUCGUUUCUGGGGGUGCUGGGACGAAGCGCCCGCCACGACGUCGGCCAGCACGCAGACGAGCACCAUCACGCCACCGCCGACGGGACCGACAGCGCCAGUGGCCCCAGUCGUGCCGCCCGUCACCACCACGCCGCCCACCUCUAAACAGCGCUGCCUGCAAAGGAGCUGGCUCGGCUUCUGCAGAGCGUGGGACGUAACGGACGAGCUGUGA